UACUACUAGUGCUACCAUACGAUAUACUUUCGUGCUCAAGAUGAGUGCCCUAGAAGAGGUUAUAAUGAAACUCAGUGAGGAGCUAAAGGAAGUGAAAAGAGGCUUAGACACUGAACAGAGAGUAACAACGAAAUAAGAAAAGAAACCAUAUACUUGAUGUGGAAAAAAAGAGAGAAAAAAAGGAAAGAGCUAAACAAAUAAACAAACAAAAACAAAAAAUACCCAAGACUAAGAGGCGCCGUUGCAAAGGCAUUGCCUCGACCCAUAACUACUACUACUACUACUUGUGUAUUACAAACAAUUCCAUGUGGUUAUCUGGAGUCUUGUAAAUGAACUGGCAACAACCAUAGAGUUUAACACAUCUCUGGUGUUCAUUACCAAUUAGGAACCAAGUAAAUCGAAAUCUUCAUUCUGAAUUACUACUACAACCAGCGAGAACUUUGCUUCGGCUAUGAUAUUUCUGUGAGCCAAUCCCCCCAGCCUUUUGAGUUUUAAGGUCACAGCUAGUGUUCAAAGUGUGAUAUGAUAGAUGCAGCAAAAUGGGCUUAACUACUCAGUAUCUAAGAUAUGCGCCUGCAUCUGUGUUUGGAGUCAUUGGUACUGCAAGAUGUGUUCGAUUUGUGACUCGGUUUAGUCAACAGGGAAAGUAUAUUGCAGUUCCUGCUUGUGAAUUAGUUGUGAUCUGGGAUAUCAAAAGAGGAGCUAAGGCUCUUACCUUGAACGCUGAUGUCCAUGGAGAAGUAACUGUUGUUGAGCCACGUCCCCCUCUUCCUGGUUCUUUGGAUAACACUCACAUUGCUGUUGGAUACUCGGAUGGAAGUGUCACCAUUUUUGACUUAGCCAUUGGACAACCUUUGAAAUUUGCAGGUCAUCAUUCACCAAUAUCAUCUUUGACCUGGGACCCCCAAGGAAUGAGAAUUGCUUCAGGAAGUGAUGAUGGUGAAAUUGUGGUUUGGGAUGUGGUGUCUGAGAGAGGAGUAGUUCGUUUGAAAGGCCACAAAGGUAGAAUUACACGUCUCCGCUUUCUUCAACAUCGGAGUGUUGUUGUAUCGUCAUGUAUGGAUUCAUUCAUCAAGUUUUGGGAUGUAGAAACACAUCAUUGUUUCAGAACUCUAACUGGACACAGAGCUGAGGUGAGAGACUUUGUUCUUCUGAAGAAUGAUACAAGGCUUGUGGCAGGGAGUGCAGAUGCAGAGUUGCGUGUGUGGUCUUUACGUUUUACAGAUCUUGAUAAGACCUUAGAGGAUGCGGUUGGAAAAAUUAAGCUAGAAGAAGAUGAUGGAUCUUAUGAGCCACCAGACAAGUUACGGCAUCUUGGUACAGAAGGAAGUUUUGCUAUGUUAACGGUUGAUGAGGAAACUGGUACAAAGGAUGAUGCUAGUAUAUUGGAAAUUGUCAAAAUGGGGAGUAUUCUUCGCUCUCGAGGAGACAGAGUUUGUGGUUUGCACACUGAUGGUCAUGUGGUAGUUUGUCAUGGGACAGGAGCUUUUGUUGAUAUGUUUGUUGUCCUAACAGAUGAAGAAACAGAAGCUAAAAUUGCUAAGCGUAUGAAAAAGCAACGCAAGAGAGCAAGAGAAGCUGGGGAAGAGUUUCAAGAAGAUGGCACACCAAAGUUAGCGGAUGAAAUUAAGAAAUUACCCCAUAUUAAAGCUUGUCAUAAAUUACUAGGAGUUCAUGCAUUCUCUGACAAGAUGGGUAUCGUGAAAUUAGUUACUCUUCAUGUUGAUAAUAGUUUGGCUCUUUUCCAAAAAAGUAUAGUUACCAAGGAUGAUGUAAAUGAGCAGACAGAUUCCAAAGGAAAAAUAGAGCCUACAGUAAUAUUGGACCGCCCAGGUCACAGAACAGAGGUGAGAACUGUUGCAUUCAGUUCUUUGAGUGACCAGAUUAUCAGUGCAAGUGGCGAUUGUCUUAAGGUUUGGCACAGGUCAGAUGUACAAGCUGUAGCAACCAUUGCGUGUGAUUAUGCUCUUUCCCUUGUCAUUGCCCCUGGGGACCGUCAUGCUGUUAUAGGAACACGAUCUGGACGUUUACAGCUUUUUGACAUUGUUUCGUCUGUCAUGCUUGAAGAUAUUAUGGCUCAUGAACCAGAUGAAACUGAGACAGAUACUGGAGUGUGGUCAGUUGCUCUGACUCAUGAUGGACGAGGAUUUGUUUCUGGAGGCAGUGAUAAAAUGGUGAAGUUUUGGAAAUUUGAACUUGUAAGAGAUGAAGUAGAAGGCCAUGGGAAAAGAUUAAGCUUCAUGCAAGAUGAUAGAGCUCUUAAAGUAGCUGAUCAAGUCACUUGUGUUCGCUGUUCCAGUGAUGGAAAAUUUAUAGCAGUUGCAACUUUAGACCUUAAAGAAACCCUCUAUUUUAUGGAUACUCUCAAGCUCUGUCAUGAACUGUAUGGAAAAUCCCUUCCUGCAACAUGUAUGGAUUUUUCAACAGAUGGCACUUUGCUUGUGACUGGGAGCAAGGAUGCUAGACUUCGUUUGUAUGGUACAGAUUAUGGUGAUCAAAGAAGGAUAUUUAAAAAUGCCCAUCAAGGUGGUGUUACUGACUGCCAAUUCAUUUCCAAGACACACAUGUUUUUUUCUUGUGGUUAUGAUGGCACUUUGAAACAAUGGGAUGCAGACAACUUUCAGAGGAUUAUAACUCUCGAGGGACACACUGGAAUCAUUAGAUGUUUGGCCAUAUGCCCAAAAGGUGCUUGGGUUGUAACUGGUGGACAAGAUCAUUCUUUACGGUUAUGGCAGCGUACAAAUGAACCAUUGAUCCUUGAAGAUGAAAGAGAAGAAGAGCGGAGAAGAGAGGAAGAAGAGAAAGGGGGAAAUUUAGCAACUCAGAGACCGUUAGUAGUAGGAGAAAACUCCUCUCAGGCAGUUCGACCAUCUACAACAACUCAUCAUACUGAAAGAGCUGUGGAUAUGAUCAUAGAAGCAUUGAUUAUCUACCGUGAGCAGUUGGAAGGAGGGCCAUCUGUCACACCACAUCAGUUAAUGAUACAUGUAUAUCAUACUUCAGAUCCCCUGAAGUUUGUAUUGGAAGUACUAAGGAAAGUAAAGUCAAGUGAACUGGAAGAAGCAAUCAUCAUGUUGCCCCUAGAUCGUAUUUUGGAACUCUUAGUUGUGCUGAAGAGUCUUUUAGAACACAGUUGGGAAAUUGAACUUGUUGGAAGGAUUUUGGUUUUGGCUUGCAGGAUAAACUUGCCUCAACUUAUAGCUUCUGCUAAAGCAGCACCUAUUAUUCAUGCUUUGGCAAGAAUCUUACCUGUAAAGCUAAAUAAUUUGAAGGACAUGGUUGGCUUUAAUCUUGCUGGAUUACGCCAUCUCUCAAAUAGAAUGGAACAAAGGUCGGAAGAUCAAAUGUUUGCUGAAGCAAUAACAAAGGUAAAGUCGAAACAACAGAAAAGGAAGAAAAAAGAGAGAGCUGUAAAAAGAGUACUUAUGACUAUAUAAUAAAACUUUUGUUUUUUUA